AUGAAGGUGUUUGAUGAUAUUGCCGUUCACUGUGGCGCUGACCCCGAAUUUGGUGUGAAUAAGCGUGGCGCAGCCCUGCGUACUCGCUUCGCUACGUUGUUGAGAGAAUUUAAAAGAGAUCAAUGUCAGUCUAUGCGAAUGUCUGAAACCGUAGAGCAGUUUAGAGAGCGGGAUCGACUUUUGCUCGAUAUAAUUGCCCGGACCGACGACUGGAAAGAGAAACUGGAGGCUACCAACAGGAUUAAGGAAACGAAGCAAGUAGGAAUUGAGAGUUCAGGUGAACUCAUGCGGCGCCUCGCAAUGAAUGAAUCCGUUGCCGGCAAAGGCGACGAUGAGAAUGAGGACGGCGACGAGGAUUCAGAUGCAGCUAGCCAGGUGGGGCGCAAGCCUUCUGCUCAACAAGGAAGCGCUCAAAAAGGUAAGAUUACCAAACGAGAACGUUUGGCUGUUUUCACGGAUGCUCUUACGGACAGCUUGAAGUCGGCUAGUGAAGAUGAUGGAAAUAAACACGAGUUCAAGGCAAAACGAUUAGCGUUUGAGCAAGACCAAGCUGAAAACCAACGUCUCCAUGAGGCUACAGAAGCAGAGAAACGCCGUCACCAUGAGCUGGACCUUGAAACUCGCCGCCAAAAAGCAGAUGAAGAACGUGAAAAGAGGAUGUUUGCUAUUCUUAAGUCAGUGUUGAUGCAAAAAAAAUUCUACGGAGUAGCGAUGCCCAGGUAG